AUGAUAUAUGAGAGGAAAACCAAAUCCGUUCAAUCAUUCAUAUGGAUUUUUAAUUCCUUCCAUUUUGUACACUUCAAGGAAAAAAAUCUUCUAAGAAUUUUCCGGAUUUGUAGAGUUGAUUCCGAUGAGAGGAACAUUAUUCGUCGUCACCGUCUACCUUGCUAUUCGAAUUUCGAUCAAAUGAUUCGAAGAGAUCAUCGAGGAAAGGAAAACUCGACUACGAUACCUGCCUGA